AGUCCACCGCCAUUCGGCUGAUUUGUCAUCGACGUCUGAUGUUUAGGAAUCAACCCCGCUGCCCCUCCGUCCACCCAGGGGCAUCUAUACCUCGCAUCCUUGGCACCUAUACUUAAGCGGCGGUCUUUCUUCUCAAUCAUUCAUCCUCAACAAUCAACCACAAUCCCCUUGUCCAAACAAUCCAUCCACUCAUCCACAAUGGCCUCUUUCGGAACCAUCUACAGCUACCCCAACAACCCCCGGGUGAUGAAGACCCAGGCUGCCGCCAACUUCAACGGCCUGACUCUCACCAACGCUGAGUUCACCAUGCGCGUCACCAACCGCGAACCCUCCUUCCUCGCCAAGUUCCCCAUGGGCAAGGUCCCCGCUUUCGAAGCCGCCGACGGUACCCUGCUCGUCGAGUCCGAUGCCAUCACUCAGUACGUUGCCGACAGUGGCCCCGCCGCGGGACAGUUGCUGGGAGAGAACCCCGCCGAACGGGCUCUGAUCCGUCAAUGGAUCUGUUUCGCCGACACCGAGCUGAACUCCAGCAUCGCCCUUCUGGCCUACUGGAGACUGGGCUUCCGCGAGUAUAGCGAGAACACCGAGAAAGAGGGUUUGGAGAAGCUGAACCGCAGCUUGGAGUACAUGGAGAAGCGUCUCGCUGAUCGGACCUGGAUUGCCACCGACAGAUUGAGCUUGGCGGAUAUCUCGGUUGUGGCUGCCUUGUACUGGGGCUUCGCCCUGGUGAUUGAUGCGGAGAUGCGGAAGAACUACCCGGGCCUGGUCGCUUGGUAUGAGCGGACGAUCGAGAGCGAGCAUGUCAAGGAGGCUUUUGGCCCCAAGAACUUCGUCGAGAAGAGGAAGGAAGCCAACUAGGUCGAUGGACCCUAGUCCCGACGCUAAUGAUUUAUGACGAUAGUGAAAAUAAUACAAGUGGCAUUGUUCAACGGAUGAAUAGAGUAGUUGCACGGCUAGCAAUA